AUGAACUCGAAGUUUUCGUCAGAAACUGGUUCAAUACAAUCAGAGAGCCAACUUCAUGACGAAAAAGAAUUCUCGGGCGUCAAUUCGCUCAACAGCGACAACUUGACACAGCAACAGAGCCAGCCCGCUCAUGGCCAAAGUGACGAUGCUACCGAAUUGCAAAAAAUCCUGACGCAGAACAAAAAAGGUGUGGAAAAAACUUUAUCCCGUUUCGAGUGCGAUAUCCACAGUUUGGGCCCAGUAGAGCCAGGAAUCGAUCUGGAAAAAGUAGAAACAAUACCGGCCCCCAACUCGACUCUCAAUGCAGACGACAAAUGGAAAUAUCCAGUCGACAAAGAUAGUGGGCUCCGGAUCGUCGAGUUCGUGGAGGAUGACCGGGACGACCCACGUAACUGGACAACGACUAUGAAGUGGAAGUACACUGUUUUGCUCGGCAUUAUAUGUUUUGACGUUGCUAUGAUGUCUGCGGUUAUCACGGGAGACUUGGAAGCCCCCAAGUAUGAACUCCACUGCUCCACAGAGGUCAUGUGUCUUUGUGUGUCGCUCAUGGUGUGGGGAUUUGGCCUGGGACCUUUGUUAUUUGCGCCGCUGUCUGAAGAGCUGGGACGCAAUCCCGUCUACCGAGUAACUCUAUUUGCUGCUGUUGUUUUUAUCGUGCCCUGUGGCGCGGCGAAAAAUAUCGGUACGCUUUUAGCUUUCAGAUUUUUGGACGGACUUGCAUUCAGUGCUCCCAUGUGCUUGAUCGGCGGUUCUCUCAGUGACAUGUGGAGAAGCAGCGAACGUGGGGUGGCCAUGUCCAUCUUCUCUGCUGCUCCCUUUUUGGGGCCUGUCAUGGGUCCCAUUGUCGGGUCCCUCCUAAGUGUAAAAUGCUCCUGGAGAUGGGUUUAUUGGUUCAUGUUGAUCUUCAGCGCGUGCUUGUACGCUGUGGUAGUAAUGUUCCUGCCAGAAACUCACCACCAAAAAAUUCUAAGAGCCAGAGCCAAAAAGCUCCGCAAAGUGACCAACGAUCCUACCUACAGAGCAAUCAGCGAGAUCAAAAUCCGCUCGAUCAAAGAAAUUACCUCUGAGACUCUGCUUCGUCCAAUGGUGCUUCUCAUGGAAUUAAUUGUGUUCCUCAUCACCAUGUACAUGACUGUCAUUUACGGUCUCUUGUACAUGUUUUUCUUUGCUUUCCCAGUCGUGUUCUCAGAAGGUAAACACUUUGGUCCUAUCAAAACAAGUCUCAUGUUUAUUCCGGUUGGUGCCGGAGUUCUUCUCGCCACAGGGAUUUCACCACUUCUUAACAAAGAUUAUGUGAAAAGGGCCCAAAAGUACCUCGACAGAGGCGAGGUGCCACCAGCCGAACUCAGAUUGAUCCCCAUGAUGAUCGGGUGCUGGUUCGUCCCCAUUGGGCUGUUCGCUUUUGCCUGGUCGUCUUUCCCUCGCAUCUCAUGGGCCGGUCCUUGCUUCAGCGGGCUUGCGUGUGGCUUUGGAUUUUUGAUGCUUUACAACCCGGCAAACAAUUACAUUGUCGAUUCAUAUCAGCAUUACGCAGCAUCGGGUCUUGCAGCUAAGACCUUUGUCAGAUCCAUGUGGGGUGGCGCGGUGGCAUUAUUCACCAUCCAGAUGUACCACAGGCUAAAUUACCAAUGGGCGACCACUUUAAUGGCUUUCAUAGCACUUGCGUGCUGUGCCAUCCCAUACCUAUUCUACUUUUUUGGCGCUAAGAUCAGACAAAGAUCUAAAUAUGCCUACUCGCCCGUAUUGCACACAGGAAAGACAGACGCAGAAGCCAGGGCUUAG